CGCCCGGCUGCCGGUAGCGAGUCGGCAGGCUCGGCAGAUUGGCGCGACCGCUGGCUCGGAUAAGACGUGUAAUUGAGAGAGAGAAAGAUGGAGAAGCUAGAGGCCCGAGGACAAGAGAGGAUUUUUCUUCCGGUGAGAUUACCCUUCCUUUGUCACAUGAAGAAGAAGAAGUCAAUUUUAAUCCAUCCAUACCUAUACAUUUCUAAUAAGAUGAACAAGAAUAAUCAAAUAAGGCACAAAUGCGGGUAUUGUGGAUGGCUGUUCCAAUUUUCUACUAAUUUUGUCGAGCAUGAAUGCUUCAAGUAUUAUGUGGAAGAUAAAGAUCGCAUUGUUGUAGAUGAAAAUUUUGUCGUGACAAUAUGUUAUAACAAGAAUGCAAAGACUGCAGAAGGUCCUACAGAUACUUUGGAUGAACUCUUGAUUGAAGUAGUGAGGGCAAGGAGGGGAUUGUACGACUAGCGCAUACCAGCAAAUGAAAGGACCAAUUUGCAAAAAAAUGCAUUGAGCUUUUAAUCCAGAGGAGGCAAAGGCCCGUUGAAAAUAUUUAAGAGAUAAUUAUACUAAAGCGCGUAAAAAGAUUAAAGAUUAUGUUCCUAGUGGAUCGGCUGCUAGUGGACAAA